AUGGAAAAGAUGAGCGAUGAGAUGGACGACGACACGUUCUGCAGCUGGUGGUUAUUUAAAUAUGACUGCACGGCUCCAACAGAGUUGAUAAGCCCAAAAUUGACGGUAAAUCCCAGAAAUGCGCCAAAGAGCACCGUGUACGCCUUGACACCGCCGUCUGGGUACUCGAUUUCGUCCUCGUCCACAGAGACCGACUCGACGGACAGGGUGCGGCGGCGCAGCUCGAUGGUGUCGGAGCCAAAGCGCUCAGAGCCUUGGGUGGUGGUAGCAAUUGCACGAGUUCUAACAGUUCCAGUCGGCCUGACUUUCUACGGAGUCGCCAAGAUCCAGAAUGCCAUGAUGGACACUGCUGAGUUCAUCAACGACCCAAGACACCCAAGAUUCAAGAAGGGCGACUUGGAGAAGAAAUAG